GCCAGGCUGGUGCCAUAUAGUCAUAUGGGUGUGUGGAAAUAUGGGUUGGGGUUGACUGGUGAUGACUGGCAAAGUUAAUGUGCCUUAUCUGUUGUUGAGCCAAUUUAAUCUUUUUAGAUAGCUCAUAUUUGGCUAAUUUUUCAAGAACAUUUUUGUUUUACUUAUUCCUACUGGAUAUUCAAUCACAUGGCCUAUUGUUGGACUACUUUAUUCUGGCGCUUACUUUCUGUGACUCGUUUAGACCUACUGGCCUUCUUUUAAUUUGCCAGACUGUUGAGGCAGAUGUUGACUACUUUUGCCGUCCAGACCGUGCUACACUGCAAACUUUUUUGAACCACCAUCCAAAGCAAGAUGCUCCAAACACAAUAGGAAAGGUCUUCACAAACAAAGGAGGUACAAGCAGGAAGUGGCUGACAUACUGUGAUCAACGUCCUGCUUUAUUUUGUUUUGUAUGCUUGGCCUUUAGCAAGCCCUCUGAUAACAGUGUAUUCAUUACUGGAAUGUCUGACUGGAGACAUGCUCACCAGAGAGCAGAAGAGCAUGAAAAAAGCAUGGCACAUAGAGCUUGUGCUGAAGCUUAUUUUCUAAACUGCUCAAAAUCUGACAUAAACAGCCUGCUUAGAGGAAGACAGCUAACUGCUCAUAGAGAGCAGAUCAAGAAGAGACGGCAGGUGUUAGACCGUGUGGUGGAAGUGGUCAGAGUGAUUGGAAAGAGGGGGCUAAGCUACAGGCAUGAAGACAAUGAGGCUGCUUAUACUCUAGAGGACAGCAGCCUUGAUCAUGGCAACUUUUUGGAGAUGAUACUUUUGCUGGGGAAAUAUGAUGUGGCAUUGAAAGAACAUCUCAGUGACAUAAUUCAUAAAAGCAAAAAGCUCCAUGAAUCUGCAUCAGGCUCAAGAGGCAGGGGUUCCCUUGUCACUCUGCUGUCUAAAUCGACUGUCAACUCAGUGAUUGACACAAUCCUUAAGAUGAUCAAAGACAACAUCGGCACGGAAAUUCAAAAAGCCGGCAUGUUUACUGUACAACUGGACACAACACAGGAUAUCACAGCACAAGACCAGUGCUCAGUUGUGCUUCGGUACGUCACUGAUACUGUACACGAGAGGCUUGUUGCUGUGGUAAGGUGCAGUUCAUCCACAGGAGAGGCCUUUGUUCAGUUGUUGAGUGAUGUGCUUGAUGGUCUGAACUUAGACAAAAGCCUCUGCAUCGGAAAUGCCACAGAUGGAGCUGCCAACAUGCAGGGAAGAUACAGAGGCUUCUCUUCACUCUUGUCAUCACAAUCUCCUCACCAUGUCCAUGUGUGGUGCUACUCUCAUGUGCUCAAUCUCGUUCUUUCUGACACCAUUGAAAUUGUGAUAGAGAGUGGAUCUCUUUUUCAUCUCCUGAAUGACAUCGCUGUGUUCAUCCGAGAAUCUCAUCAGAGAAUGAACGUAUGGGAGAAGGAAAGCCACAGCAGCAGGCACAAGCGCAUAGGACCCAUUGGAGAGACACGCUGGUGGGCAAAGCAUGAUGCCUUAAAGAAAGUGUUUGGCUCAUUUGGGAAACCGCAGGACUGUCUCUACAUUGAUGUUCUGUGCACCCUUUCAGCCAUUCAAGACCAGACGACAGUGAAGUCAAAUAUAUUUGAGAAGACCACCCCACUAUCCAAAUACCUCCAAACAGGCGGGAUGGACAUCCUCUCUGCCCACAGGAUGGUGAUGUCCACACACAAGGCCCUUAAGGAGAUGGGAAGAGAUUUCCAGACAGUCAAGGAUGCAACAGAGAGUUUUGUGAAGUGGGCAAAUGACAAGCUGGAGGAGCAGGAUGAGGAGAUGGGCAUGGAGGUGGAGGUUUCACUACCGCAGAGGAGGCCAAAGAAGAAGAAGUCCAUGCCAGGAGAGAUGGCCCAGGAUGAAACUUCCAAUGACCCAAGCAAGACGUAUGAGGUUAAAGUCCAUAACCAAAUUAUGGACACCGUUAUUGAGGCCAUGCAAAGACGAUUCCUCGAUAACGGCAAUCUGUAUGCGGACCUCUCAAUUCUGGACCCCCAAAACUUCCCAGAUAUCAAAACCAGUGGUCUUCCUGAGUCUGCACUGAAAGACCUAAGCAGAUGUCUCAUCAAAUUUAACAAUUCGGCAACCAUAUCAAAUUUACAAUCUGAACUUGAAAGCUUGGCAAGCCAGUGGGACAUGCUGAAGCGUCCACCACUAGAUGAGUACACAUCCCGUACUGUUGAGGAAGGACCUGGGGGAGACCCAGAGGAGAUGAAAAUUGUCAGCAAAGCCUGUGCCUCAUGUAAAAACUGCCCCCUGUGUUGCUACCAGAUUCUCCUCAGAUUCAACCUGCUCACAGACGCAUACCCUCUUCUUUCUCUGUCCUACAAAUAUCUGCUAACACUCUCAGUGACACAGACAGAGUGGCCGAAAAAAGUGAACUGCUUCGGAAGCUCCUACUCUACUAAAGAAGCCUCUGUCUCAGGUUGUGGCGACGACUUGCUUUCACAAAGGUUCCAUUUCAGGAUUGUGAGAUUGGAUUGUGAGGAUUGUUUUUGGAGAUCGACAGACGUUUGGUUUCUGGGGCUUCACAUGUACAUAGUUCUUACUGGAUUGACGGGGUUUGUGAGCGUUGGUUCCGGUGAAGUCAGCUAUUCACCAAGUGAGUAA